AUGUUCGUGAAAUUCAAUGGCUUCGAAGGAUUCCCUGACUUCCAGAUUCGGAUGAAUCAGAUGGGAACUGGCGACUGCGAUUUCGAGCUCUCCUGCAAAUGCAAAUUUCGAGUUCCAGACAUUCCUCUCAGAGACGCCACUUGUGAAGGGACACUCAUGGAAGACAUCUACAGAGGACUUAUGACAUUCUUGGCCUGUGUGUACAAAGGAGAAAUCGUCCAGAGAGAGCAAUCUCUUUGGAAGGACCCAGAUUUCGUUCCUGCAAAGCAUCUCUUUUGCCCUGAAGAUGAGCAGCAAGUGGAGCACGUCAAGGAAUUCAUCGCGAAAAGACGGGCAAUGCUCAUGACGACUGGAGGCAAAGAAAUGGAGAACUGCAACUGCUGUCUUUUUGGAAACGAUACAAUGCAGACUAUGGGUCGAAACAGACUACCACUAUAG